AUGGGUUCAUAUAACAACAAUACGAUAAAAUGUGUGGUGGUUGGAGAUGGUGCAGUGGGAAAAACAUGCCUUUUAAUCUCUUACACAAGUAAUCAGUUUCCGGAGGAUUAUGUCCCAACCGUUUUCGAUAAUUAUGCCGUUACUGUUAUGAUUGGUGACGAGCCUUACACAUUUGGAUUGUUUGAUACAGCUGGACAGGAAGAUUACGAUAGAUUAAGACCACUUUCAUAUCCGCAAACAGAUAUAUUUUUAAUUUGCUUCUCCGUUGUCGUUCCUUCAUCAUUCGAUAAUGUGAAAGAGAAGUGGUAUCCAGAAAUAAGUCAUCAUGCUCCUCAUGUACCUUGCAUCAUUGUUGGAACUCAAAUAGAUUUGAGAGAUGAUCCUACGGCACUUGCUAAUCUUGCCCGCCAGCAUCAAAAACCAAUAACCUAUCAACAAGGUGAACGCCUUGCAAAGGAACUAAAGGCGGUGAAAUAUGAUGAAUGCUCUGCUCUUACCCAAGUCGGUUUGAAGAGCUUAUUUGACGAUGCCAUCGUUGCUGCACUUGAGCCCCCUGUUAUCAAGAAGAGCAAGAAAUGUAUCAUUCUUUGA